UUGGUGUUCGUCUUUAUUUCGUAUUCAGUGACAGUGCUGUUUUUUUCUGUGUUCUGUGUUACUGUUUUGUUGUUAAUCAGGAAUCAGGUGACAUUUCUGUACAAAUAGGUAUAAAACACUACAAAAUAUAAAACUACAAGAUGUCCCAAACAAUCCCUCUUAUCUUAGAGGAAGAUGUGGAACAGGGCGGCAAAGAAUAUGAUGAGGACAUUGAAAAUGAUUUUGCAUAUCGUAAUAAUGUAGCACAAGCAACGAAGUCCAUUCGCAUGGCAUUUAUUCGGAAAGUUUAUGGACUCCUUACAAUGCAAAUAUUUCUAACCAUCGUUAUUGCUAGCAUAUGUAUGUUUACUCCCCCCAUAAAGGAUUUUGUACAUUCAAAUGAUUGGAUCUUGAUGCCCACUUUCCUUGGUAGUAUCGCAUUAUUACUUGCUUUGCACAUUAAAAGAAGGGAAUCGCCUACGAAUCUAAUACUUCUUGCCGCAUUUACCAUUGUUCAGGCUUACACUAUAGGGGUAAUCGUUACAUUCUACUCGCAAGCUGUCGUCUUACAAGCACUGCUGCUAACAUUCGUAGUACUGGCAGGGUUGACGUUAUACACCUUUCAAACCAAGCGUGAUUUCUCUGCCAUACAUUCUGCAUUAUUCGCUGGUCUCUGUAUAUUGAUAAUAGGAGGAUUUAUGCAAGUGUUCUUACAAUCCACCAUUUUCGAGAUAGCAAUUGGUUUCAGUGGUGCCUUGGUAUUUUCGCUUUUCAUCAUUUUCGACACUCAACUUAUUAUGAAAACUUUGUCCCCCGAAGAAUAUAUCUUGGCAACAAUUAAUUUGUAUAUGGAUAUCGUUAACUUGUUCUUGUAUAUUCUGCGUAUUCUACAAGCCGUUAACAGGCAGUAAUUGUGUGUAUAUAUUUAACCCAUUUUGUGAUACCCCCACAAAAUUGUAUUGUUUUGUAUUAUAUUUUUGACACCGCACCUUGUCUGUGUUAUUUUAUGUGUGAUGUAUAACGGCUACUACAAUAAAUAUGAGUCAAUAUAUUAUAAGUGCAAUCAGUAACAACUUAAUAAAGUAUUAAAAAGUAGCAGUGAUAUAGGAAAUACUAGCUUCUUUUUCCACUAAGAAAUUUUUUUUAAUAAAUUAUUCCAUUCCA